AUGAGCAACGAAAUCAAAGAUAAUGAGAAUCUUCAUUCCGAUACGGAAAUUAACCACAAUAACCACGAGCAAUCACAAGAAAUCGAUCAACCAUCACCAAUAGAAAAUGGACAAAUAGAAGAUACAGUCAAAGAAUUAUCUACAGAUGAUAACCAAAAGAUCGCAUCACCACAUUCAAAAUUAAACGAUCUUAACAAUUCAUCAGAAGCACCAUUUACUGACAUUAUUCUUGAAAAAGAAGAAGAUGAUGAUGAAGAAAAACAUCAAACAUCAGAAAUUGUAUCUGAAGAAAAUCCCAUAUCAAUACUUCCAUCGGACAAUAAUCCAGUGGAAGAAAAUUCAAUAUCAGAAACUAACGUUGAAGAACAUCCAGCAUUAGAAACUAAAGUUGAGGAAAAUUCAACAUCAGAAACUACUGUUGAAGAAAAGCCAAUAUCAAUACCUCCGUCUCAAGAAAAUACAGCAUCUGAAGAGAUUCUAACAUCAUUACCUGUACUUGAAGAGGAUAAUAUAUCUAAUGAUACUGUUCCAUCUGAAUCAGUACAUCCAUCAGACGAUACUCAUCAACUUUUAAAAACUAUAGCUGAUAAAUCAAAUAAAGAAGCUAAUACCGCUAUAUUAAAUACACUUGUCGAAGGUGAUUUUGAUUUAGAUAAAAAUUAUAUUAUACAAAAACCAAAAAAUCUAUCUGAAUUAUUUUCUGUUUUUAAUAAAAUGUCAUCAUCAUUACAAGCUGAACUUUUAAGUGUAUUAAUUGGUAUAAUGCGUAAAAGUGAACGAAAUUUAUUAGCAUCAAUUGAUGCACAAAUAUAUGAAAAAGUAUUACGACUUUUAAAUGAUAUUGAUGAUGAUGUUGUUGCCGAUUUAUUAGUUGAUAUUCUUACAGUUUUAACAUCAUUAACAAUAAAUGUUAAUGAACUUAAACUUCUUUUACGUUAUCUUAAAACAGAUAAUCGAACUUGGAAAAAACAUGCCGUAAAACUAUUAAAUAUCUUUAAAAAUCUUCCCUAUCGACAUGGACCUGAUGAAUUUUUUAAUUUUCCUGGUCGUAAUGGUUCAGGUAUUAUUCUACCACCAAUUAAAACAUGGCCAUAUCAAAAUGGUUUUACAAUAACAACAUGGUUUCGUAUUGAUCCUGUUGCUAAUGGUGUUAUUGAAAAAGAAAAACCAUAUUUAUAUUGGUUUUGUACAUCAAAAGGUCAUGGUUAUACAGCUCAUUUUGUUGGCAAUUGUCUUGUAAUUUCAUGUUCAAAAUUAAAAGAAAAAGCUUUUCAACAUUGUAUACAAUAUGAAUUCAAACCACGAGAGUGGUACAUGAUAACAUUUGCACAUCAAUAUCAACGAUGGGCUAAAAGUAGUAUACAUUGUUAUAUAAAUGGUCAACUUGUUUCCAAUGCAUAUUUUCCAUGGAGUAUUGAAAGUGGUGAUUUAUUUGAUAAAUGUUAUAUAGGUUGUACACCUGAUCGUAAUGAUUUAACAAGUUUUUCUGGUCAAUUAUCAACAUUUUAUUUAUUCAGUUUAUAUUUAGAACCAUUAAUUGUUCAAGGUUUAUAUAAAUUAGGUCCGGCUUAUAAAAAUCAAUUUAAAUUUGAAAAUGAAAGUGCACAUGUCAUAUCUGAUAUUCAAAGAAAAGCUAUGUAUGAUGGAAAAUUAAUGAAUUCAAUUGUAUUUAAUUAUAAUCCAAUCGCAUGUGAAGAACAACUUGUUCUACAAGCUGGACCUAAAACAAAUGUGUCACAUUUUGUUCAUACCGCUCAUGCACAAAUGUUAAGUAAUGUUCGUUCUGUUGUAACACAUUCAAUUUAUUCAACAUUACAUUCUGUUGGUGGUAUACAAGUAUUCUUUCCUUUAUUUGGUCAAAUUGAUCAUAAACAAUUAGAUGGCUCAAUUAAUUAUAAUGUUUGUUCUGUACUUCUUACAACUUUAUGUGAAUUAAUUGAACGUUCAUAUACAAUUCAACAUCAAAUGUUGAAUUCAAAAGGCUUUCUUGCAAUUGGAUAUCAUCUUGAAAAGGCAUCUAAACAACAUAUUAAUAUGGAUGUUCUCAAUUCUCUCAUAGCUUUAACAACAUUUUUUGUUAAAAUUCAAAGCAAAAAUAGUCCAUUAUUACUUAAACAAUUAUUUGUUCAUAUAUUUUUCAAUCCAGCUAUAUGGAUUUAUUGUUCAGUUGAUGUUCAAAUGCGUUUAUAUACAUAUUUAGCAACAGAAUUUGUAUCGUAUGCAGAAAUAUAUCAUUUAAUACAACCAAUUAGUGGAAUUAUUCAAACAUUACAUACAAUAAAAUAUUUCUAUUGGAUUAGUGAUCCAAGUCAUCGUAGUGGUUAUCAACCUAAAGGUUGCGAUGGAAAUCGACCAACACGUGAACAAAUUAUUGAAAUGCGACGUUAUAUGUUAUUAUAUUUAAAACAAUUAGUUAUAAGUAGUGCAGGCACACAAGAAGAAGAAUUACAAGCAAUUAUUAACUAUCUUCAUACAGUUUAUGAAGAUGAAAAUCUUAUUGAUGUUUUGGAUAUGACUGUAAAUCUUAUGUCUGAACAUCCAAAAACUAUGGUACCAGCAUUCGAUCAUCGACAAGGAAUAAGAACUGUUUUUAAAUUAUUAGCAAGUAGUAGUGAAACAACACGUUUACAAGCUUUGAAAUUAUUAGGAUUUUUUCUUCAGCGAAGUACAUUAAAACGAAAAAGUGAUUCAAUGCAACCACACAAUCUAUUUUCAUUAUUGGCUGAUAGACUUUUACUUCAUCCAAAUAGUUUCACUGUAGCAUCUUAUAAUGUUUUAUUUGAAAUCUUAGUCGAGAGAGUAAGCGCAGCAACUGUAGAAAAACGAAGUUCAGAAAUUACUGCCGAAUGGAAAAUUGAAAAUUCAGCGAUGAUUAAAGUAAUCGCAACCAUACUUCGAACUAUAACUGAUAAUAUUCAUUUAUAUGAUAUAAAAUUACGUUUUCUUGAUGAUUUAAUUUUACUUUCAUCUGCAAGUCGAGAAAAUCGAAGAAUUAUUUUACAAAUGUCUGUUUGGCAAGAUUAUUUACUUGGACUUGCUUAUGUUUAUCCAACAAGUGAUUUACAAACAGAAGUAACUGAUCGAGUAUUUGAAUUAUUAAGAAUUUUAUUACAUCAUGCUAUUAAAUAUGAAUAUGGUGGAUGGCGUGUAUGGAUUGAUACACUUUCAAUUUUACAUGGACGAGUCACUAGAGAAGAUUAUUAUAGAAAAAUUAAUAAAAUGGUUGAAAAUAUGAAAGAUAAUGAUGAAAAUGAACCUAAAACACCAGUUUCAUCACCAGUAGAAAGUGGUUCUCAAACUCCAACUGAUCAAAACUCUGUUGCAACACCAACUAAAUCAUCAUCAUCGAAUCGUCAAGUAUUCAAAAGUAAUCAAUUACCACCAUUUACAAUCUCUGAAUUUAAAUAUUCUGCAAUGCAUAUUCGUCUAUUAAAUAAUGUUUUCGAUUCAAUCGAAGCUGAUGUUCGUUCCUGGAGAUCUGAUACAACUAAACCAAUAACUGAUCCACUUAAUCAUUCAGACAAUCAAAUAUUUUGUGUGAAUGUUGUACAUAUUAUUUCUCAAAUGGCUGAUAUACUAUGUAAUGCAUGUGGUGGUCUUUUACCAUUACUUGCUAGUGCAACAUCAGCAACUCAUGAAAUUGAAGUAUUAGAAAAUACGGAAGGUUUAUCAUCAAAUGAUGCUUUGAAAAUUUUAAAACGUGUUAUGGGUUUAUCUGAUUUAUUUAUACUUGCUAAUAGCGGAAAUUUUUCUGAACUUGAACAAGAGAAAAGUAUGCCAAAUGGUGGUAUAUUACGACAAUGUCUUCGUUUAACAAUGACUGCUGCUGUUCGUCAUUGUAUGGAAUGUCGUUUUCAAAAUUUUGAUUCAACAAAAACACCGAAUACAUUAUUAACAGCCAAAGGAACAAUUAAAGAUCCACUUGAAACAAUUCUUGAAUUAACUUAUUUAAUGAAUACAAGUGAACGUGAUAAUGAAAGUGAUGAUAUAGCACAGCUAAUUGCAUCAUUUAUUAAAAAUCCUGAAUCAGUUUUACAAGAACUUGAUAUUCAACGUUUACGUGCUAUUAUCUAUCGUGAUGUGGUAAGACAAGAUCGAAGUAAAACGGGCAAAAAUGUUGUGGUUGUUGUGGAUGAUACAAAACAAUCACAAUAUUUAGCAUUAGCAAUUGUUUAUUUUGCAUCUGUACUUAUGGUUUCAAGAUAUCGAGAUAUUAUUGAAUCAAAUCAAACAAAUCUAUCAAGACAAACAUCAAUGAUAAAGACACCACUUAAUAAUCGAAAUGGUUCAACAAGUGAAACUAAUAAUGAUACAGCUAGUGUUAAUGGUUUAACAUCAAUUGCAAGUAUGAUUAAUGAUAAUGAAAAACCUAAUGAAGUAACUACAACUGAUGAAACAAAUCAUGAAACUGAUAAUACAGAUUCACAAUCAGCUGAUCAAAAAUCAAUCGAUCUGAAUAAUACAAGUGCAACCGCAACACAAUAUGCAAGUAUUGCUAGUAUUCCAACGGGUAAUCCGUCAACAAUUGAUAAAAGUCAAUUACCUGAAUCGAAACUUCCUGAUUAUCCUAAAACAAAUUUCAAUACAGCUGACCGAUCUGUAAUGAACAUAAGUGAAAAAUUAGAACGUACAUUAUCAAAUAUUGCUCCAUUUUUACGUGAUAUAUUCACUGAAUUUUCACAUAUUCUUACAAAAACAUUAGUUGGUUCACAUGGACAAGAAUUAUUACCAAGUGGUUUACAUGCUCUUAAACAAACAGCAUCAGUUGUUGAACUUGUUAUGUUAUUAUGUUCACAAGAAUGGCAAAAUUCUCUUCAAAAACAUGCUGGUUUAGCUUUUAUUGAAUUAGUUAAUGAAGGACGUUUAUUAGCUCAUGCAAGCAAAGAUCAUGUUGUUAAAGUAGCUAAUGAAGCUGAUUUUAUUCUUAAUCGUAUGCGUGCUGAUGAUAUACGUAAAGCAAGUGAAUUUGAACAAAUAUCAGCUCAAACAACUGUUGAACGUAAAGAAGAAGAACAAUUAUGUGAUCAUUUUAUAACUGCAGCACGUCAACGACAUCAUGCUAUUGCAUCGCGUUUAAAAGAAAAAUUCUUAGCUAUGAUGGUUAAUGAUAAAACAGCUUAUUUAAAUAGUUCAAGACCAUUUUGGAAAUUAGAUUCAUGGGAAGAUGAUUUAAGACGACGACGACGUUUAAUACGUAAUCCAAAUGGUUCAGCACAUAGUGAAGCAACACAAAAAUCAUCAUCAAAUGAACAAAAUGAUGAUUUAGUAACAUCAGUUAUUAAAGGAGAAAAUUUAUUGAAACAAAUAAAACAACAAAAAACACAAAAUUUUAAUCAAACAUUGACUGAUGAAGAAGAUAUGUUACAAGUCGAUGAAAAAGAUCUUGAUCAAGAUUUUUCAGGUCCAAUACGUUUUUCAACUGAUUGCUCAUUAAUAUGUGGUACAGCUGUUAUACGUGGUACUUUAGCUAUAACACAUAAUGCUAUGCUAUUUGAUACAGAUGAAUAUGAUGAAAGUUUUACAAAAUUUGAUUUAAAAAUGUUUCCUUAUAUUGAAAAUUUACAUGGAAAAUGGCAUUUUAAUGAAAUACGAGCAGUAUUUGCAAGACGAUAUCUUUUACAAGAUAAAGCAUUAGAAAUAUUUGUUUCGAAUAGAACAAGUGCUAUGUUUGCAUUUACUGAUCGUUCAAUUGUAAAAAAAGUUGUAAAUUAUUUACCACGCGUUGGUGUUGGUGGUCGUUAUGGUUUACCACAACAACGAAGAACAUCAUUAGCAUCGCCUAAACAAUUAUUUCGUUCUGCAAAUAUGACGCAACGAUGGCAAAGACGAGAAAUCUCAAAUUUUGAAUAUCUUAUGUAUCUCAAUACAAUCUCAGGUCGAACAUAUCAAGAUCUAAAUCAAUAUCCAAUAUUUCCAUGGGUUAUUGCUGAUUAUGAAAGUGAAAAACUUGAUUUAAAUUCUCCAUCAGCAUAUCGAGAUUUAUCAAAACCUGUUGGAGCAUUAAAUCCUACGCGAAAAGCUUUUUUUAUUGAACGUUAUAGUAAUUGGGAAUCGGAUACCAUUCCACCAUUUCAUUAUGGUACACAUUAUUCAACAGCUGCAUUUACACUUAGUUGGCUCAUUCGACUUGAACCAUUUACAACAUUUUAUUUAAAUUUACAAGAAGGAAAAUUUGAUCAUGCUAAUCGUACAUUCCAUUCAAUUCCUGUUUCAUGGCAAAAUUGCCAACGUGAUUCAUCAGAUGUGAAAGAAUUAAUUCCAGAAUUUUUUUCAUUACCAGAAAUGUUUACAAAUUGUAAUCAUUAUAAAUUAGGACGAACGGAAGAUGGAUUAAAAGUUGAUGAUGUUAUUUUACCUAAAUGGGCACAAACACCAGAAGAUUUUAUUCGAAUUAAUCGAGCUGCAUUGGAAUCAGAAUUUGUUUCUUGUCAUUUACAUCAUUGGAUUGAUUUAAUUUUUGGUUAUAAACAAAGAGGUCCAGAAGCAAUUCGAGCUGUGAAUGUUUUUUAUUAUUUAACAUAUGAAGGUGCUGUUAAUCUUGAUUCAGUAACAAAUCCAACAGAUCGUGCUGCUAUUGAAACACAAAUAAGAAAUUUUGGUCAAGCACCAGCACAACUUUUAACUGAACCACAUCCACCAAGAAAUUCUGCAAUGACAUUAACUCCAAUGAUGUAUAAUGUUACACCGGAAGAUGUAUCAAUGAUAAUGAAAUUUUCUUCAAAUGCACCCAUUAUUCAUGUUUCUGCUAAUACAAAUCCUGCACUUGCUUUACAAGCUGUUGUUACUAUUAGUAAUAAACAUGAUUUUUCCGUUAAUAAAUAUAAUCCUAAUGCUGGCAUAUCAACACAAACUUAUCCAGAUUCAUCACAAACAGCAGCUGGACAACAAACACAAUUACCAAUAAACAUGGAUACGAUUUUAGUAUCAAAUCUGAAUUUAACCCGCCGUCAUUUGGGUGAUAAUUUCGAUGAACGUAUACAACAACGUCAUCAAAGUUUUGUUGUUACUGCCGAUAAUCGUUUUAUAAUAUCUACUGGUUACUGGGAUAAAAGUUUUCGUGUUCAAAAUACUGAUAUGGCAAAGACUACACAAGUACUCUAUGGACAUUUCGAUAUUGUUACAUGUGUAUGUCGUUCGGAAAUGACUAUGGCUGGAAAUUGUUUUCUUGCAACUGGUUCACGUGAUUGUGCUGUUUGUAUUUGGAUAUGGAAUGGAGUUAAAGGUGCAAUUGUUGAUCGAGAAUAUCCAAAUCAAGAAAUUAAUCCAUCACCAGCAGCAAUUUUAACAGGUCAUGAUACAGAAGUUACAUGUUUGUGGUUAUCCGCUGAACUUGGAAUUGUCUUGAGUGGUAGUAAACAUAGUCUUGUACUUCAACAUACAUUGAAUGGUGAUAUAUUACGUUCAUUUGAGAAUCCAUCGACAAUGUCUACACCACGUCUUUUAUCGCCAUCAAAUGAUGGUGAUAUUAUUGUUUGUUAUGAUCGAUCAAAGUUAUGUUUAUAUACAUUAAAUGGAAAAUUAAUGAGACAAGCAAUAUUUGAAGAUGAAACUAUUCAAAGCAUGGUAUUAAAUGCUGAUAGUCAAUAUACAGUUAUUGGUGGUGAUCGAGGUUAUGUACAAAUCAUUCGAACACAUGAUUUACAACCUGUUUAUGCUUAUCCACAAUGCGAUGCUAGUAUUCGUUCGUUAGCAAUUACUCACGAUCAAAAAUACAUUAUGGCUGGUCUUUCUACAGGCUGUCUAAUUGUAUUUAAUGUUAAUUUCAAUGUUCUCAAUCAACCACGACGUGAACCAGGAACACCAACAGCUAAUGUUCAAUAA